AUGGGUUACCUAACCGCCCACACCACUGAAAUUGAGAACCCUCGUCUGAGGUUACUCAAAAAAAUUAGAGCUGGCGAGUUCCCACUGAUGACAUUUAUGGCCAUUCCUUCAGUUCGCAUGGCCCAAAUCGUCGCUUUGACGGGACUCGACGGCAUCAUCAUUGAUUGCGAACAUGGCCACAUUGGAGACGAUGCAAUGCACAAUUCUGUCGCGGCCAUAUCAUCACUCGGGGUAUCACCGAUAAUUCGCAUCCGUGGACCAGCCCAUGACAUUAUCAAACGUGCCCUCGACACUGGUGCGCAUGGAAUCAUGGUGCCGCAGAUCAAUAACGCCGAAGAGGCACGACAGAUUGUUGCGUCUUCGAAGUUCCCCCCUCAGGGAAUUCGGGGUCAGGGGUCAGCGUUCCCUGCCAUUGGACAUGGUAUUACAACGCCGGAAUAUAUGAAAUCAGCCAACGAGACAAUCGUGACGAUGAUUCAAAUAGAGACCCGUGCAGGAGUCGAGAACGUCGAGGCUAUUUGUGCUGUGCCAGGAGUUGAUCUUGUCUUCAUCGGCCCCAAUGACCUUGCGCAGUCUCUCCUUGGGUACGUGCCCGCUCGUGGAGAUGAACCAGAAUUUGUGGCGGCCAUCGAUAAAAUUAUCACUGCAGCACGCAAGCAUGGGAAGUGGGUUGGACGCAUGGUUAACAAUGGUACAGCGGCGAAGCUUGCCAGCCAAAGAUAUGACACAGUUGCCAUCACUGGUGAUACAAAAGCGAUUCAGAAUUGGUAUAUUGCGGAGUUCGAUAUUGCUCGGUCUUGA